UUCUUUCCCCCUCCCUUUUCCUCUUACUCCUACAUUUUCCUCCCUCCUCCUUCCCCUCCCUAAUUUCUCCCUUCCCUGGUUUCUAGCUCCUUUUUGCUUUCUGUUUGUGUUUCUGAGGGCAGUGCUCCAAUUACCUCAUAUUUGGAGAGAGAAAGCUGCAGCCAAUCCGGUUUCUGUCUGCUUUUAGGUCAAGUGAUUUCUGAACUGCAGUGAGAUGCUUUGAAUUUGUCUUGUUGCAGCUCUGAGCCUGUAAGAUGGCUGUCUGAAUCGGCAGCGGCUGGAAGAGAUGGAGAGAGGCGGGGAGGGAGGGAGGAAGAAUUGGAGGGAUUUCGGCAUAGUGCAUGUUUUUAAACGUGCGUGUAAUCUGCUGAAGCCAAGGUUGGGAUUUCUCUGGGAUCUCAGGACUGGUUUAGCUGCGUUUUUGCUAGUUUUUGCUGAGACUAGUAGAGGAAAGAGAUGGGAAAUUCUCUGGGCUGUGUUAAGGAACCGAAAGAGUCAAUAGCUGUUCCUGAGAAGGCUCCCGUUUCUCCUAAGAAACGGGUUCGGUUCAAAAGGAAGUGGAGGGGAAAGAAAACCCCUACUCCAGAGGCAUCUCAUGAGGAAGAACCCUUGGAGGGGACCGGAGUCACUGAAGAGAUUGAAACCCUAACGAAGUUAACAGUGAGUCUCCAAAAGGAGGAAGGAGUGGGAGGGUUAGAGAAUCCCCCGCUAGACAUUUUACUGCCUGAAGACUUGGUCCCUAACUCCGGGGUGGGGGACCAGGGGAUGAUCGUGCCGGUAAAGGAGAGAUUCCAAGCGGAAAUCCAGACUGCUCACCUUUUAUUAGAGAAUGAGUCAUCAGCUGCUGCAGGGGUCUGGGAUUCCCUGGAAGAGGGGAUGACAGUCAUUGCUCACUUACUUGAUAAUCCAGCAGAAAGGAACUGUGAGAAGUCAGUGAGCCAACUGGUGGAAUUUCCGAGGACAGCAUCCUGCAGCAGCAGGGCUGUGCUACUGCCUUUGCAAGGAGAGACUGCAGUGGAGAAAGGAAGUAUUCAGCUCGGGUUUCGGACCAAAACUUUACCCAGGAAAGACUAUCCCACUGAUACAGGAAAUCAAGACCAACUUUCAGAGGGCUGGCGUGUUGGGGGAGGAACCAAAGGUAUUUCAAAUGCCCCCCCAGCAGCUUCCUGGAUUGCAGAAUGUUCUGUCCCUUCAUUGCUCCUGGGCCAGUCAGGAGGCCAGAAACCUGCCCACAUGAGUCGAGUGCCUCCCCAGGGUCCUAGACUGCCCACUUCUCAGAGCGAUUUAUCUAUCAGUGGCAUGACUGUUAGCCUUUUGCCCUCCUCCUCUGGUUAUGGCAGUGAUGGGCCACACUUACAGGGGAUCCCACCGAAAGAUACAGAACCUGAGAAGAGUUCUACAUCCUUCUCUGAAGAGGAUGGCACCCUUUCUUUGGAGGCAAGCCAUACCCCAUCCUGGAGUCCAGAAGAGGUAGGUAGGCAUAGUCAUGGGAUAAUCAAACAGCUGAUUGGAUUCCUCAAACUUAUUAAAGAAGGGUGUGGUGAGCAGUGAAGAUCUUGAUGCUUCUUCCCAAACUUACCUCUAUGUUAAGUACUGUGAGUUAGUGAAUGCUGGGGCUUGGCAAGUAGAAUCUAUUUCAGGUCUGCCCCUUGAUGCUUGAAACCAAGUCUUGGUGUCUCUGGGGAAUUCCUGAUUCUGGGUAACCAAGUGGCAUAAUUGCAUGAGCUAUCU